CGCAUUCACAUUUCUUUUAUUAUUGAUUACGUUAUCAACCACUAUAAUUGCAUACGAUAACAAUGUAAAAUCUGAAAAGAUAUCGAUUCAAAAACGUAUUGAACGCGUAGAGUAUGAUAAUAUUAAAAGACUUAAUAAGAGACAACAAAGAUCACUAUCAUUUGUUUCCGCUACUACUAUUGCUUCAUCAAUAUCGACUACGACGACCGGAUCUUCAGCAACUAAUCGUGCUGUUACAACUUUUUAUUCAACUUCCGUUACAAGUUCUACAUCAGUUGUUACAUCAGCUACCACUUCAACUAUAACUAAUCUUCCAACACUACAAGAAACUCCUUCAGGUCCAUCGACUUUAGUCAAUGUACAACAAGCUCCACAUACCAUUACGGGUUCAGAUAUUCCAACAGUGCUUCCUGAUCUGCCUGGUUCCGGAAAUCGCAUCAA